GAUGAUUAGUGCUUAGUGGUGUCUAUGCUCUUUGAAGUUAGUUCGCUAUAAAACCCUAAAGAAGAUCCGACUGUAUCUGCCAUGCAGGUCCAAUGCACCUGGACAUGCCCUGGAAUUCGGUUCAGGCAAUCCACAGUGCUCUACUUUUCAAAGCAUUUGCGUAGUCUCCACGUCGAUAGUGUUCGGAGAGGAAGAGAAAGGGGGAGCAGUGGUUACCCAUCUUUUGUGGCCACCAUGUCUGCCGUUUCGACAGAGAAAGAUGCCGUUUCGACUCAUAACGGAUCGACCCAGAAGACCCCUCAGCCUUUGCAGGUUGCAAAGCGCUUGGAGAAGUUCAAAACUACAAUUUUCACACAAAUGAGUAGUCUCGCCAUCAAGCAUGGAGCGAUAAACCUCGGCCAAGGCUUUCCCAACUUUGAUGGUCCUGAGUUUGUAAAGGAAGCGGCAAUCCAAGCCAUUAGGGAUGGGAAAAAUCAAUAUGCUCGUGGAUAUGGAGUUCCAGACUUGAACAAUGCAAUUGUCGAACGGUUCAAGAAAGAUGCUGGGCUUGUGGUAGAUCCUGAGAAGGAAGUCACUGUUACCUCUGGGUGCACAGAAGCGAUUGCUGCUACUAUCUUAGGGUUGAUAAAUCCUGGAGAUGAGGUGAUCCUCUUUGCUCCCUUUUAUGAUUCAUAUGAAGCCACACUCUCCAUGGCUGGUGCCAAUGUUAAAUGUAUAACAUUGCGCCCUCCAGAUUUUGCUGUCCCCAUCAAUGAGCUCAAGUCCGCUAUCUCAAAGAAUACGCGUGCAAUUCUUAUAAAUACUCCACACAACCCAACAGGAAAGAUGUUCACCAGAGAGGAACUCAAUACGAUUGCAUCCCUCUGCAUUGAGAAUGAUGUGUUGGUUUUUACCGAUGAGGUUUACGAUAAGCUGACGUUUGAAAUGGAUCACAUUUCCAUGGCAUCUCUUCCUGGAAUGUAUGAGCGCACAGUUACUAUGAAUUCCUUGGGGAAGACAUUCUCCUUAACAGGAUGGAAAAUUGGGUGGGCAAUAGCUCCUCCCCAUUUGACAUGGGGAGUGCGGCAGGCACAUUCUUUCCUCACAUUUGCUACCUGCACUCCAAUGCAGUGGGCAGCAUCAGUAGCACUAAGAGCCCCAGACUCUUACUAUGUGGAGCUAAAGAGAGAUUACUUGGCAAAGAAGACAAUUUUAGUGGAGGGAUUGAAGGCUGCUGGUUUCAAGGUAUUUCCAUCGAGCGGGACCUACUUUGUGGUUGUAGAUCAUACCCCUUUUGGGCUGGAAAAUGAUGUUGCUUUUUGCGAGUACCUGAUCAAGGAAGUUGGGGUUGUAGCAAUCCCAACCAGUGUAUUUUACUUGAACCCUGAAGAUGGAAAGAAUCUGGUGCGGUUUACUUUCUGCAAGGAUGAGGGGACUCUGAAGGCUGCAGUUGAGAGGAUGAAGGAGAAGUUGAUGAGAAAAUGAUCCGACAGCAUGGUUUUAGGAUGGAGUUUGAAGCUGUGUUUAUGUCUACCAAUUUGAAGACGACUUUCUCCUACUUUCUUAUUUUAUGAAUUAAUUAAUAAAAUUGCUUGCCCUGUUCAAAGGUGAAAACCAGGGGAUGACUAUGUCCUGUUCCUCCAAAUUUCAUCCAUUGUUGAUUUGUUGUGAUGGCUAUCCUUUCGCUACUUGCUGGUUGUAUUCUAUUAUUGCUGUUACAUCAAUACAGACGGUUAAUGGUCGUUGGCUGUGCC